AUAUUAUUUUAUUUUUGCUCAUUACUUGGGGGGCCAAAUAAAAUCACCAACUGGGCUUCAAGUUGGGGAACCCUGCAAUAGGACCACUGAUAAGUGUCAGUGCAGACAAGGCACUUCCUGAUGCAGUGUUAACACUGGUUUACACGCCCUGUGCAUGGGGGUGUCACGUGGCUAGUGGUAGGGAGAUGUCACUAGUUGGUCAAUAUGACAAUGGGAGAUGGAUUGGCGCAUUGCCUAGGGUAGAUAGUCUCAAGCCUGCUCCAUCUACCCUCUGACACUAACAUCUAAGCAACAGGUGCUUGAGCAUUAAGCCAGUGACUGGCAAAAGGGAUGGUGAUGGAUCAGUGUGGCUCCUAUCUGAAGAGGAGGAGACUUGACAGUAAGCAGUCCUCCCCAGGCUGCAACCUGGAGUACACAGACCUGGAGGCUGCUGAGGCUCUGGUUUGCAUGAGCUCCUGGGGCCAACGCCGCCCCAGCCCCUGCAAGCCCAGACCCCUUACCCCUGCCUCGGACUCCUGCGAUUCCCUGCUGCCUCAGGACCCACUGGAGCCCCCAAAGGACUUUGUCUCGCUCUCCUCCUUGUGUAUGACUCCCCCCCACAGCCCCAGCUUUGCUGAGACCUCUACCACUGCCAUCCACACCAUCACCUCCCCUCUGAGCCGGCCCAGCUCCAGCCUCUCUGUAAGGGUCUGUGGGGUCCCACAAAUGCCCAUGGCAUCCAUUUCGGAGUCCCCAACCAACGGAAAGACCCCGCCACCCUGCAGAGCCAUGGCAACCAGUGUUAUCCGCCACACCGCAGACACACACCUCUGCCAGCACAUUCCAGCGCCCCCCACAAAGCAACACAGAACUUCCGAGCUGAUGGUCUGUCAACAGCACACAGCAAAGACUGAACAGAGCAUCACACCUCCAUCGGUCUCCUUCACACCCAAUCCUGCCCUCGUCUCCUCCUGCAAGAAAGAGACGGUCAAGACUGAGAACGAAGAGCCACAGGCUAUCCACUGUAAGGAGAGCCACUCCCACCUUCAUGCUAACACCCAACCACAAAAUAGCCUGCCUACACGCCUCUCCCCACCACCCACCUCCAGCCCUCCAAUCAUCUGCCAGAUGUUCCCGGUGGGUAACCAAUCAGGGAUGAUCUCGGCGUUCAUCCAGGGCCCGGUACAGACCUCGAGGACCCCCACAUCCAUCCUGCCCCAGUCUGGUCCUAACGGGGCACUGCAGCAGCCUUUCCUCAUGAGCCAGGCUAUGCCGCAGGGCACGGUGAUGCUGGUUCUCCCCCAGUCCCAAGUCUCUCAGGCCCCCCACUGCUCUCCACAGACUGUCAUGACCCUGGGCCACACUAAGCUGCUACCUCUGGCCCCUGCCCCGGUCUACGUGCCCACCGGACCCUGCGGCGGCACCAAAAUUGACUUCUCCCGCCGGCGGAACUAUGUGUGCAACUUCUCCGGGUGCAGGAAGACUUACUUCAAGAGCUCCCACCUCAAGGCACACCUCCGGACACACACAGGUGAGAAGCCCUUCAGUUGCAGUUGGGAGGGAUGCGACAAGAAGUUUGCGCGCUCCGACGAGCUCUCGCGCCACCGGCGGACCCACACAGGCGAGAAAAAGUUUGUGUGCCCCGUGUGCGACAGGCGCUUCAUGCGCAGCGACCACCUGACCAAACACGCCCGCCGUCACAUGACCACCAAGAAGAUCCCCUCUUGGCAGGCCGAGGUGCGCAGCCUCAACAAAAUGGCCUUUCCCAAGUCGCCGCCGUCAAACCCCGCCCCACUCUCCCUCAGUAUGCUGGUACCUGCCUCAAUUUAGAUUUGAGCCCAACAUCUACCCACUAGUGACUUCUUACCCAAAACCAUGAUAGGGACAGCCAAGUGCACAAACUGCCAUUUUACUAAUGGAACAUUUCUAAAGACAUGCACUGGACUCUUUCCUCUACUGCAGUUUUUGUUGUUGAAGAAAUGCAUUAUUUUUGUUUACUUUUCAGGUAUUUUAUGAAAUUGUAUGUAUGCACUCUUUUGCCAAAGCCUUUGUAAUGACGUUUGUCUCACACAUUUCACUUGUCUUUUUGUUUUGUAUGUAUAGUAUCUAUGUGAAUGUAUUCGUAUCGUACUCUGAACUGCAUGUAUUAAUUUGGGAAAAUGUUGUAAUUUGUACUACAAUAUACGUGGAUAGUAAUCUAUACUGUGAUAAUUACUUACCCUUUAACCUUUUCAUAUUAUUUAAUACAUUUGUAAUAAAGAAAAAUAUGAUUAA